AUUUGCAGCUGCCAGAUAUUACGCUUGAAGUCAUCUAUAUAGUUAUGGAGUUCUUCUAAUCUGCCACUGGGUCAAAGACCACUCUCUUUGAAGAGGCAUUCACGUGAUGAACGUCAUCGAUGCCGAGUAAGCCGAAACGAAACGUGCUAGCUUUAGGCCGAAGCAACGACUUCGUCCCGCGUUAAACUUCACAAUCGCUACUCAAUGAAUAAGACCGGGCAGGACCUUUGAGGGUAUAUAUUUAACAGAUGGAAGAUGGCCGCGCAGCAGGGCGCCGUGCUCCGCGCUACAAAGGAGAAGACACAAGCCAGACGACGGAACGUGAGAUUCGAGGCUGGUAUCUUUACGGCGUCGCGGCGGAAGUGUUCGCGGUCUGUGGAGUGGGCUCGUUCCUCCCCGUGACAUUGGAACAGCUUGCCAAGGAGAAUGCGGUCCUCUGGUCUGAUAGAACGACCUCCUGCAUGUCGAAAGCUGCGGCGGGCGUUGGAGAUGCUGUCAAUACGACGGCGCCAGCCUUGCUCGCAAGAGCCUCAGCACCCGAGAAUACCCAAUGUAUUAUCCGUCUCUUUGGGUCCGAGAUCACCACUUCUAGUUUUGCUAUGUAUACCUUUUCUGCGGCUGUAUUUAUACAGGCCCUAGCACUCGUCUCGUUCAGCUCAGUUGCGGACCAUGGUGAUUAUCGGAAGAGACUUCUAGUUGCAUUUGGAUUUACUGGAGCCAUAUCCUCAAUGCUGUUCAUUCUUGUCGUCCCCAAAAUCUAUCUUCUUGGCGCUAUUCUGGUGGUCGUCGGUGUCACUUGUCUUGGAUCUUCUUUCGUCCUGCUCAAUGCUUUCCUUCCACUACUUGUGGCGAACCAUCCCUUAGUAGUUACCGGAGGUCGUUCCAACCAAGAUUCUUCAUCUAUACCCUUGGAGUCUCUAUCUCCUGACAGAGACUCGGUUGACGAUGAAGAAAGAGAUGAUCGUCGAGCCUUUCCAUCAGUGUCCAAAUCAACUACCACGGAGCUCCAACUAUCCUCUAAAAUCUCGUCUAAAGGCGUGGGCAUUGGAUAUAUCGCUGCAGUCUUUGUCCAGAUUCUCAGCAUCUUGGUACUUUUCCUCAUGUCGAAGAAGAAGAAUGUCUCAUCGACCCUUCCCCUUCGAUUGGUCCUCCUCAUGGUCGGAAUAUGGUGGUUUGCCUUCACCAUCCCCUCCUCAAUGUGGCUUCGCGACCGCCCUGGCCCCCCUCUCGAGACUGCAUCCUCCCAUCGCAACAAAUGGCGUGCAUUCGUAGCCUAUUUCUCCUUUGCUUGGAUCUCAUUAUGGAAAACCAUCAAGGUUGCGAUAAAGCUCCGCCAAAUGAUAAUCUUCCUAAUCGCCUGGUUCCUCCUCUCCGACGCCAUCGCCACCGUCUCCGGCACCGCCAUCCUCUUCGCGCGCACCGAGCUGAAAAUGGGCACCGUCGCCAUCGCCCUCCUAUCCAUAACCUCCAUUUCAUCCGGCAUCGCCGGAGCCUUCUUCUGGCCCAUCAUCUCCCGGCGUUACGGUCUACAAACCAACCGCACGAUCGUCGCCUGCGUCGCAUUCAUGGAGAUCAUCCCUCUGUACGGCCUCCUCGGCUACCUCCCCUUCGUGCAAGCCUGGGGCGUCGGCGGGCUUCAGAAAGCCUGGGAGAUCUACCCGCUAGGCAUCAUCCACGGAUUCGUCAUGGGCGGCCUCUCCUCGUACUGCCGCUCCUUCUUCGGACUCCUGAUCCCGCCGGGCAGCGAAGCCGCCUUCUACGCGCUCUACGCCAUCACGGAUAAAGGAAGCUCGGCCUUCGGCCCCGCGGUCGUGGGCUUGAUCGUUGAUGCCACGGGCCACAUCCGGCCGGCGUUCAUCUUUCUCGCGGUGCUGAUCCUGUUGCCGGCGCCGCUGGUCUGGAUGGUGGAUGUGAAGAAGGGCCAGGAAGACGCGGUGCGGAUGGCGGGCUUGCUGAAGAAGAUCCAUGCGAGUGAGAUUGAUCCGAGCGAUGAUGGAAUGGAUAUCGCCGCCGAGGAGAGAUUCCAUGAGUCGAGAGGGUUGAUGAGGGAUCAUGAUUAAUUGAUCAGAUCGAUCGACUUGUUGAUGAAUCAAUACAGGUUGUUGAAAUGUACUAUAUAGUACCUAUGUAUCAUGUCUAAAUCAUCAUCAUCAUCAUACCCCC